AUGGAUCUGAAAGGAGACCAUUUGUGUUUCCGGUUGGUGUGUGUGUACUUUUCUCUCCUUCCCCCCCCCCAACCAGUGUUUGGUGGUCGCGGGCGUUCGGAGACGAUGCCGGAUCCUGUGGUGGAGAAAGUGGUCGUUCACCCGCUGGUGCUGCUGAGCGUGGUGGAUCAUUUUAACAGAAUAGGAAAAGUUGGAAAUCAAAAAAGAGUCGUUGGAGUGUUGCUGGGCUCUUGGCACAAAAAGGUGCUUGAUGUUUCAAAUAGUUUUGCAGUUCCAUUUGAUGAGGAUGAGAAAGAUGAUUCUGUGUGGUUCCUAGAUCAUGAUUACUUGGAAAACAUGUAUGGAAUGUUUAAGAAAGUGAACGCCAGGGAAAGGAUCGUUGGAUGGUACCAUACUGGACCCAAGUUACACAAAAAUGAUAUUGCUAUCAAUGAACUGAUGAAACGAUACUGUCCUAAUUCUGUUUUGGUUAUCAUUGACGUCAAACCAAAAGACCUGGGGCUGCCUACAGAGGCUUGUAUUUCAGUAGAGGAAGUUCAUGAUGAUGGAACUCCAACUUCCAAAACAUUUGAACAUGUCACGAGUGAAAUCGGAGCGGAAGAAGCAGAAGAGGUUGGAGUAGAGCAUUUGCUACGCGAUAUUAAGGACACCACAGUCGGCACACUGUCGCAGCGAAUCACAAACCAAGUGCAUGGUCUCAAAGGACUGAACUCAAAAAUUUUAGAGAUAAGAAAUUACUUGGAGAAAGUGGCCACAGGGAAGUUGCCCAUCAACCAUCAAAUUAUUUACCAGUUGCAGGACGUCUUCAAUCUACUGCCUGAUGUUAAUCUGCAGGAGUUUGUGAAAGCCUUUUACCUGAAGACGAAUGAUCAAAUGUUGGUGGUGUAUCUUGCAUCACUUAUCCGAUCAGUAGUUGCCCUACACAACUUAAUCAACAAUAAAAUUGCUAACAGAGAUGCAGAAAAGAAGGAAGGGCAAGAAAAGGACGAAGGAAAGAAAGAGAAGAAAGAUGACAAAGAAAAAUGUGAAUCAAAGAAGGAAGAAAAGAAAGACAAAAAAUAAAUUGUGUAGUACUUUUUUAAAGAAUAGACCUUCAACUUGAACACUCAAUGUUGAGUGGGAAUGUUAAUACUUCAACUUAAUUAAAAGGGCCAACAUUUACAGCCAUUGUGUUUGCAUAAGCCAGUUUUCUGAAUCUGUACAAUGUACAUGUUUAAUCUUGAAAAUUAUAAAUAUUGCAUUACUAA